AUGGCACGCCAUGCGAAGAUUGAAGAGGAAAGUGUUGACGCCAUCACGCUCCAGAAGAAACUCGCUGCGAUCAAGGACCCCAAGCGCACGUUUCGGUCCGAACGCAGUAUUGAGUUUUCAGACAUCACUGAGCUCUACGCCGAGCUUGCGGCUGACUACAUUGGCGUCCUUCGCAAGCUGAACGAGCUCCACUCGCUCACACAAGUUCGCUUCGUCGUGCUUAACGGCGCCCAAGGCGUCGGCAAGUCGUGGUGCAUCAAGUCGAUCUUGCACGAGGAGCUCGGACCCCGCGAGAGCACGAACGAGCCCAUCUUCAUGCGCUACAACCCGCACGACAACCCUAACAGCAAAGUCUUCUUGGUCGACAUGCCCGGGGACGACUCGCUCAGCCAAGACCUGCUGAAGCAACUCGUCGAGUUCUUUGGCGUCACCAGCAUCGGCAUCCAGCUGUUCAAGUUCGACACGCGGCCGCCGCAGCUCGACUUCUUCAAGGUUCAAAACGCGUUCAGUGGCUCUGAUCGAGUGCUCGUCUGUCUCAUCCAAGUCCUUUUCGUGGGCGCCGACGGUCCACUCGCCGAAUACGUGGACGCUUGGCGCUGCUACUUGAAAAACAACGGCAUUGACGUCUCGAGUGCGGAGAGCAAGUACCAUCUCAUGGCCACGGACCUGGCUGGCUCCAACUCUGUUUUGCGCAAGCGUGACGCGUACGACUCGGACGAAGUGUUUGACGGCUAUGAAGGGUACACGCGACGUUUCGCCCACAGCCAGCGACUCGGCAUCAAUCGUGUUCGCGCCAAUGGCGGUCACUCCCGCGACGACGUCGUCGCUUGGAUUGACGACGCCAUUGCCGCAACGGGCCUCUGA